AUGAAACAUCUAUACUCCAAAAGAAUAUCGGUUGGGUUUUUUAUUUUGGUACUGCUGCAAUGCUACACCGGACACACACUUCCGGAGGUUGUCACCAAGGAGCAAGCGGAUCAGCUAGCCACUCGGAUCGAUGAUACCGCAACAUUUCAACCGGUCAAAUACGAUGGUGCCCAGCUGUGGCGCAUCGCUUACGACGAUCAACCGAAGAAGAAUGCUGUCGCUGAGCUACAGGAUCGAUUCGAUGCGUCCAUGUGGAACUAUAAUGCCACCUCGGUGGAUAUCUUUGUGCGCGGGCAGCAGAUCAAGAAAGCGGAAUGUUUUCUCCGGGCGGCCAACAUCCCGUACGAGGUGGUGAUUGAGGAUAUGCAGCGUGCAAUCGAUACCGAGAAUCCAUCGCUCGAGGAGACCGAGUUGUGGGAAAACCGGAAUGGUCACCGCAUGACGUGGACGGCAUACCAUCGCCUAGCGGACAUCAACGACUGGAUGGACUAUCUCGCCCAAACCUACCCGGACCUUUGCAGCACUAAAGCGAUCGGCAAGAGUGUGCAGGGUCGCGAGCUAAAGGUGUUGCGCAUCUCCAACGGCAAUCCUUCCAACAAGGCGAUCUGGAUGGACGGUGGUAUACAUGCGCGCGAAUGGAUCAGUCCGGCCACCGUUACCUACAUCGCGAACGAGCUGGUCGAAGACUGGGACAAUCAGCCCGCCCAUUUGCGCAACGUCGACUGGUACAUCCUGCCGGUGCACAAUCCGGACGGGUACGAGCAUUCGCACCAGUACGAUCGGCUGUGGCGCAAAAACCGUGGCGGUCUACAGUAUGGACCGUGUGCUGGCGUUGAUCUCAACCGUAACUAUGGCUACAAAUGGGGUGGCCAGGGUACGUCGAAGCAACCGUGCUCGGAAAUCUUUGCCGGUUCGGGUCCAUUUUCCGAGCCGGAAUCGAAAGCGGUGAGCGAGUUUAUGCAGUCGUCGGCCGCAGAUUGGAAAGCGUUUCUUACCUUCCACAGCUACGGCCAGUACAUCCUGUACCCGUGGGGAUACGACCGGGUUGUACCGCCGGAUCAUGCCGAUCUGAAGCGAGUCGGUGAUGCAGCCGCGGAGCAAAUACAGCAAGGCAGUGGUUCACGGUACACGGUUGGACCAUCCGGUAGUACAUUGUAUCCGGCCGCUGGCGGAUCGGAUGAUUGGGCACGUGGUGCACUCAACAUUAAGUACGCUUACACGGUCGAGCUGCGCGAUACCGGCCGGUACGGGUUUGUGCUGCCUGCCAAUCAAAUCAAACCGACCGGCGACGAAGCCGUCCAGUUCGUCGACAUUAUUGCACAGGAGGUGGCCAAACUGUAAACGGGU